CUCCCUCUCUUACUCUUUUUCUGGCCUUGCCCGGGGUGGGCUCGCGGUGUGGGCAGGAAGGUGCGCCCCUGAGGCUUCCAGGCCGCUCUUGCGGGAGCGGAAGGCACCAGGCCCCUCCUCCCAGCACCCCGCCUUCGGUUCGGGUCCGCCCCAAGGCUUCCCAGAGCUCGCCAGGCCCCAAGGCUCUGUGGAGCAGCGCUGGGCCGGGCGCGGUCGGGACUCCGGCGGGUCCUCAGGUGCGGGGCAGAGCGUCGUGCGGAGGCCGCCGCGGCCCAUCAGGGUCCGCAGCUCCGGCUGGCGGCGCCGCGCUCCGCUCGGAGGGCUCUGGGCGCGGGGAGGGACGAGGAGAGCCGCAGCCCCCACCGCCCGCGGAGGCAGAGGAGGGGGCGAGGAGGCGCAGGGCUGGGGCUAGCGCAUCAGCAGGGCUGUGGGCGCCUCGUCCUGCUCACGCGCUUUCCGUGCCGCACGCUCCCGGAGGCGGAGUGGCCUCGGACGUUGGCAGCCAGAAGCCGUGUGCGCCCCGCUUGCUCCCGUUAAACGCCAGGUGGGAGCUGCUUAGCUGGGGUCACCGGACUUUUGCUCCCCCUUUCCCGGGAUCCCGCGGGUUGAGCUGAGGCCAAGCCCAGCUGGACGCUGCGCUCCUAUAAAUAACGCGCGUGUACCGCUUGGCGCUCUCCCGGCUGCGCGAGGACAGAGAAAGUUGUGCGCAGACACUCCGGGCGUGAGGCAGAGGCAGGAAAGGACCCCGCGGGCUGAGCCGCCCCGCACCCUGGAGCUGAUCCCGCGAAUCGGGGCUUUUCGUCCUGGGGACCCGGCUGGCCGCUGCCUACCUGCGGACGUCUGAGCGACACCGAGCUUUGGGGAAUUUUUGACCAAGCGAAAGCGAGAGUCGCUAGAGUGCUGGCCGUGAACACAGCCUCUCGUUCUUCUCGGGUCCGGGAAACAUCUGCCUCUGUCAUCCGUCCCUGCCGCCAGCCGGCCGCGCGUAGGACCAACACCGGCACCGCUCUGCACCCGCCAUCCCCGUGGCUUCUCUGAGUGCUCUCCCUUUUCCUGCACCGCGGCUCACCUGGGGAUGCUUGGGUUUGGGGUGAGCAUUUACUAUCAUGUUCCUCUUUGAGGUGUGAAUGUGAGGGUUUGGAGACUUUUAGAUGUCUGGGAACAAGGAGGGGUGCCGGGGCCCCAGGCAGGGCUGAUUCUUGGGCGGAGGAGGGUGGGGGUAGGGGGUUCUGCAUGAGCUCCUUAAAGGACAAAGGUAACAGAGCCAGCGAGACAGCGCGAGGGGAGACUUUGACUUCAAACCACAGAAUUGGUGGAAGUGUGCGCGCCGCCGCCGCCGUUCCUGCAGCGCUGUCGAUCUAGCCACUGGCAUCUUCCCGAGCUCCGGGGUCCCGGGGUAGGAGGCGACUCCGGCGAGCAGAAACGCCCGCCGGCGGGCUGAGGCUGCCCUCGCGGUUCACCAUGGGCUCCGGGCUCCGGGCGCUGUCCGUGGUGGUGCCCGCCGUGCUGCUGGUUCUCGCGCUGCCGGGGCUGCCCGUCUGGGCGCAGAACGACACGGAGCCCAUCGUGCUGGAGGGCAAAUGUCUGGUGGUGUGCGACUCGAACCCGGCCACGGACUCCAAGGGCUCCUCUUCCUCCCCUCUGGGGAUCUCGGUCCGGGCGGCCAACUCCAAGGUCGCCUUCUCGGCGGUGCGGAGCACCAACCACGAGCCGUCCGAGAUGAGCAACAAGACGCGCAUCAUUUACUUCGAUCAGAUCCUAGUAAAUGUGGGUAAUUUUUUCACCCUGGAGUCCGUCUUUGUAGCACCAAGGAAAGGAAUUUACAGUUUCAGUUUUCACGUAAUUAAAGUCUACCAGAGCCAAACAAUCCAGGUUAACCUGAUGUUAAAUGGAAAACCAGUGAUAUCUGCUUUUGCGGGGGACAAAGACGUUACUCGUGAAGCUGCCACCAACGGAGUCUUACUCUACCUAGAUAAAGAGGACAAGGUUUACUUAAAACUGGAGAAAGGUAACUUGGUCGGAGGCUGGCAGUAUUCCACGUUCUCUGGCUUUCUCGUCUUCCCCCUAUAGAGUUGGAUUUCUCCGUGAGGUUGAACCAGGUGAGGGGCAGCCCACCCCCGAGUUGUCGGAAGAUCAUUUUCUCAUCAUCAGACUGAUGUCUUUUAUUGGUUUCUCCUGGGGGAAUAUGGAUUCUCUUUAAGGAUUCUAGAUCUGUCCGAACCAAUACGGUUCCACAGAUUAUUUAUGUGUGUGUGUGUGCGCGUUCAGUAUAUUUGGAUCAGGAUCACAGCGGCAACACCCAUCUAUGCGUCCAUGUAACAGUUAAAAGCUGUCUGCGGGUUUAUUCUGAAUUUAAUUUCCUGGAAUUGCUGAAUUCCUUGCCCAUGUGGCAUUGUAUGUAUUUGUUUUUAAAAGACCGGCAACCGGCUCUAAGAAUGAGAAAAACUCGCACUCAGACUUCAAUCGAUGGUUAGUGUGAUACUGCCAAAGAGCUGUAUCCUGCGCUGGUAUAUUGAUCACACGUGUUUUUAUUCCCUUGGAAUGAGUUUGUUUUGUCUUAAGGUACCUGGGAAUUGUUUUUCAGUGACUGGCUCUGUGUCUUCACUAACGAUAGGGUCAAAAAUGGCUUGCCCGCAGAUUUAGCCUGUGAGAUCACCAACGUGAGUUCCCUUAAAAAAAAAAAAAAAAA